UAGAAUCCAGAGCAGUAAACUAAUAAAAAAAAAGCGUUUUUAUUGUGAAUUGUGAUUGUUUUUAUUCCGUUUUACGGUUUUCGUGGUUUUUAAUUUUCGUAACACAAGUACAUAUUGAUAUUUCUGAAAGAAUGAGCGUCUCUCGCGUGAAUACUUCGUUCAAUUCAUCGUCGAGCUCCCAGUACGGUGAUAUAAAAACUAUGGAAAAUGAAGGCACAUUAAAAGUAAAAGAUUACGUGAAGAAUUUGUUAAAAUCUCGUAUUUUCUUAGGACGUUACCUUGAAAGGAGACUUGCUGACCAACGAAUUGGAUACCGGGAUAUUGUUAAACUUAGUCCAGCUGAAGUGGAGUUGAAAAGGGAUUUACUGGAAGCACAGUGUAAGCUGCAAAGUAUAUUCCCAAAUACACAUUGGGUCGGAAUUUCCUCCUCCGAAGCCAUAGGGCACCCUUCCGGCAUAUGUAUCUGGACAGAAAUUGAAAACCAACCAUUUGGAGUGUUCUGGUUUCAAAUUAAAAGCAUUAAGUUCCGAGACUAUGAAGUUAUUAUAACAUUGAAAUGUUUAAGACACAUAACUGAUGCCUUUAUAGAGGUUGAACCACUAAUUUUAGGAUGUGUCGAAAGGUCUACUAUUGAUGCAAAACUUAAUGACACAGCAAACGAAAUAGUUUUUAGUAUAAAAAAUGCCUUCACACUGAACAGUAUAAAGGAGUUUAUAACAUUUAUAUUUGCUUUUAUAAUAGCUAUAUUUACAGGUAGCAAUGCCUUUAUCCAAUUCCUAGGUAACUUUGUUUUAGCAUUAGUCAGAGAAUUUUCAAUCUUGAUUUCAAAAUCUACACCACUAAUUUUGGGAUGUCUAGACGUCUUCAGUAAGAUUGUUGGUGGGUUUUAUAUAUUGAUUGCAAUGAUUUUCAAGCCUAGUAAUCCAAACCCAUUAAAUAAGCGAACUAUUGCUUAUUAUGAUGGAACUCAGAAGAGGUAUGAUGAUAGGCAUUUUGAUUGAAUAUGGUUGCUAUAUUUGCUGAUGGUUGCUGAAAUAGUAAAAAGUAUUGUCUUUUAAUCAUCGUUAUUUAGGUACCUUUGUCUAUUCAUUGCUUCUACUAAUAGGACCUGUUAAACCUGCUAAAUUUAGCAUAAAUUUAUAUGCAAUAAUCAUUAAGCCUAAUUUUUUAAACUGUGUGUCAACCAGACUAUGAUCAGAACAUUUGAGAAAUCUCCAGUUUAUAAGGAAAACUGGCUGGUGUUUUAUUUUAAAAAUAAUUAUUUAGAUAAAUUUGUGAAUUUGUCUGUAUGUCAUGGAUAAUAGCAAAUUAAACUGAUAUAUAAUGAAGUUUUGGCAAUGUAAUGCCCAAUGGCGUGCAUAGAGGGUAUGCACAGGGUAUGCAGAUAAUAUAAA